AUGGCCACUCCGACCGCUACAACGCCCCUCCUCUCCUCCCGCGCCAGCUCCCAGAGCCUUCAUCGUCUCCUCAACCGCCGUCGCCGGGCCCGCCAGAAUCCCAUCCUCCACUUCACCUCCAUCAUAUUUCCCGUUCUCCUCUUUGCUGUUGUUGCCUUCUUGACCUGGGACGUCUCCUCGUUCGGCAAUUGCUACUUUCAACCUCUAUGCCGGUUGCUAGGGGAUGGUAGGGGCGUGGAAGAGGGGUGGUGGAGAAACCAGGGGCCCUAUGCGCCGUAUAAGCGGAUGGGGAAGGGAGGGGCAGUGGUGGGCCUUCCAAGGGGGUGCGAAGUGGAUCAGGUCACCUUGCUGCAUAGACAUACAGCGAGAUACCCGACCACGAGUGCUGGGAAGUGUAUGCUCAGCGGUCUGGGCAAGAUCAAGAAUAGAGAAGUGAGAGUACCGAGACACCAUCCAGAGCUAUCGUUCUUGAACAAAGCGGACUUGGACUUGGAGAACUGGCAUUUCGAUGGCUUGAUGGACCAGGGGCGGAAAGCUGCGUGGGACUCUGGAUACCAAAUCGCUGGCGCCUACCUCAAAUUCCUGGAACAGGCCGAGGGUGUCUUCACUCGGUCUGCUGGUGGAGAAAGGGUCGUAGAAACCUCAGGAUAUUGGCUAGAAGGAUUCCGGAGACAUCGCUUCAGCCGUAAAGAGCUAUCCAAGCUUCCAGAGGUCGAUUUGAUAAUCCCCGAAGGCUCAUCCUACAACAACACCCUCUCAGUCCACUCCUGUCCCGCUUUCGAAUCCCUCUCUCCAUCUCCAGGCGAAGAAGCUCAAGCAGGAUUGUAUCCUCUCCUCCAACCCACCCUAGACCGGCUGAACUCCCUCCUCCGACCCUUCCCCAGACUAGAAAUGGAAGAGCUUGUAUGUCUCGCUGAUAUGUGUGGGUACGAUAGCCAAGUGAGGGGAUUGAGCUGGGGUGGGUGGUCCAAGUGGUGUGCGGUCUUUGAUGAGGAUGAGUGGGAGGUGAUGGGAUAUAUGAAAGAUGUGAAGCGGUUCUACGAGGUUGGACAGGGGAGCGAUCUGGGAGCUACGAUGGGUGCGGGAUAUGUCAACGAGGUUAUCGCUCGGCUGACCGACUCUGUGCCGGUGGACCGUACGAUCACUAAUCGCACUUUGAAUGAAGAUGAAGUCACAUUCCCUCGUGGCGGUCAGCGAUUCUUCGAUUUCGGACACGACAAUGAGAUGCUUGAAACCCUAGCAGCUUUGGGUGUGCUCAAGCAACACCGUUCCCUGACUACUUCAGAAGUCCCUCUCAAGCGCACCUUCAUACUCUCCCAUAUUGUGCCCUUUGGAGCGCGCCUCGCAUUCGAACGGGUAUCAUGUGAUACGGGCAACUGGGGAAUCGAUCCACCCGACGAGGAGCCCGAGACGGGGAAGGAAGGGACGAAGAGUUUUGUGAGGAUUUUGGUCAACGAUAAGAUCCAGCCGGUCAUUCAUUCUGCUUGUGAACAGUCUGUGCUCGCAGAACACGGUCUUUGCGAGCUUGACGCGUUCAUCGAAAGCCAGUACUUUGCUCGCGAGGGCGUUGACUGGGGAGUAUGUUACGCCGACGAUAGAAAGUGA